UGUCUUUUUUUUUUUUUCGAAAUGUUCGGUUGAUAAAAGAAGAGAAGAGAAGCGUAAUUAUCACGUAGAAAUAUGUAUACACUUGGAGUUGGCAUAUGGCAACGUUUAAGACGAAGGAGCAAUUACUAUAUUGUCAUCGUUGGAUUGGAUAAUGCUGGAAAAACGACUUUUUUGGAACAAAUUAAGUCAAAAUUUAUCAAGAAUUAUCAAAUGUUAAAUCCACUGAAGAUUACAAGUACUGUUGGUUUAAAUGUUGGAACAGUUGUAGUAGGCUCUCUUCGUCUCAAUUUUUGGGAUCUUGGAGGACAAGAAGAAUUACAAUCCCUUUGGCAUAAAUAUUUUGAGGAUUCACAGGCACUCAUAUUUGUGGUUGAUUCCUGUGAUCCUGACCGAUAUCCAGAAGUUGGUGAAGCCUUCAAACUGGUAAUGAACAGUGAAGCUGUCCAGAAAAUGCCAGUUUUGGUGGUUUGCAACAAAAGUGAUAUAGAAGAAUGCACCGGAACGGAAAUAAUCAGAGUUUUAACAACGGAUGAUAGACAUAUAGGUGAUCUGGCUCUCAUCCCGAUAUCCGCAUUGCAAGGUCUCAAUAUUGACCGUUGUAUGCGAUGGCUUUGUACAGUGUUAACACGGAACCACUCUUCGAUUGAUCUCAGUUGAUGGAACUUUCAUUUCUCCACUUUUAUGCUCUUUAUUCUGUGAUAUUUUUCAUGUUAUUUAGCUUUUUGCAAAUCUCAACAUGUUUAACGUGAAAGCAUAUUGUUUAGGUGAAAGCUUGUUGUUUUGUUUUUUUCAGGUAUGCCUUUACAACCAAAGUUUGAAUUCAUAUUUAUUUUUAUUCAGUAUCUUUUUGUCGAAACUCCUUGGUGAUUUUUGCUCUUAGUAAGCUACUGCAUAUUGACGCUAAAACGUGAUCAUAGUGUUUAGCCAUAUGA